CAUUCCGGAAACAUCGUUUUGAAGAGUUCCUCCUCAGCUUCCUGUCUGUUAAUCCACUUGUUGAGUCCAGUCAAGGAGGAGGACAACGGGGUGGACACAAAGUGUAAGCUUCACUAAAACUGCAACAAUGGCGUAAACGGACGGAUAAACGGCGACAGGUUGGAAAGCAAAACCCGGCGGUUGAGAGCACCAUGAUUGGGUUGAAGGAAGCCGGUGUCCUCGGCACCUCCGUCGUUCUCGCGGGGGGAGUCGCUUAUCUUCUAUGGAGCUACGCGUCCUCCUCCUCCGGGGAGAAGAAGCCUGAAACUCGGCCGGAGAAAGCCGGUACAAGUGCUCGAGAGGAAGGAGAGGGAGAGGCACAGAAGAGAAGAGCGGAAACUGCGGCUGAGCAAACUGUUGUGGCCGCCGCCGCUGCUGCUCCUGUUGCUGCUGCUCCAGCUCAGAAAGCAUCGAAGUCCCAGUCUGUGGAGUCAGCAGGGACGCAGGUGCUGGUUCUGGGUCUGGAUGGAGCAGGUAAAACCAGCCUGCUGCACUGUUUGGCCACCGGGUGCCUGGAGCAGGACAUGGAGCCGACGCAGGGCUUCAACGCAGUCUCCAUCAGCAGAGAGGACCUGCACAUCGAGUUCUUAGAAAUUGGAGGUAAAGAGGAGCUCCGUCCGUACUGGCAGAAGUACUUGUCCAAGGCCCUCCUGCUGGUGUUCGUGGUCGACUCCUCCAACCCACAGCUUUUCCCCGUUGCUAAGAAGCAUUUACAUGAGCUGCUGGCCUCCGACCCCCGCCUGCCUUUAAUGAUACUGGCCCACAAGCAGGACCUUCCAGGAUCCUGCAGCAUCACCGACCUCCACGACGCUCUGUCUCUGUCCGAGGUCGGAGACCGCAAGUUGUACCUCAUCGGCACCUACGUGAAGAAGGGCGACACAGAGCUCGCCUAUGGCGUCCAGGACGCUCGCGACCUGAUCAUCCAGAUGGUUUGUGACGGCAGAUAAACACACUCCGUUUGUGGUUGUCACUUACUCCUUUGUUUUUUUUUUUAUACAAAUUGAUAAUAAAUAGGUUCUCUGCACCUUUUUCACAUCAGUGUUUUCGCAACACCGGGUUGGCUGAAAGUCUUUAAUUUAUUUAUGAGAAAAUUAAAAAAUGUAUUUGUUGUCUUUGUAUGGUAUAGUUGGGAUUAUAAAAGUCCUGGAUUCUGGAUAUGAAAGUGUAAAAUUUCACCGACUUGGAAAAACACUUUUUUUUUUUUUUUCCAGACCUAUCUUUAUUUAAGCUAGGUGCCUACAGGACACUCCUAGCAACGUGUGUGUUCAAAUGUUAUCUCCACCAAAGAUUUAUUUUAUUUUCAUCCAGGCAGGUGGUGAUGAGUUUCACCUGUAGAUCAUGCCACAGGAGCAACUCUAGAAAGCAGUUAAUGCAGAUGGUACAGAAUCAGAGUGGAUUUAUUUCAGGCCAUCUGUGUAGCUGCGGGUUGCAGCUUUAUCACCAGCGAUGAGCUAACCGUCUGUUAACUAAUUUGUUAAGUAGGCAAACACAAAUGUAAAAAGCACUGUUGGCUGUAACUGACAGUUCUUUUUUUCUAAUUUGUACUGUGUCAUGGUUGUCAUGAUGCACAGAAUAUGUAAUACCCUCAAUAUUAUGACUUAAAGCUGUACUCUGCAAGAUUGUAAUGGGAAAAUAAACCCAUAAUAUCAAAAGUACAAAGUGAGGCCCCCCAUCCCUACUGAUAAACACCUGUUACAUUCACUUAGUAUUUUGGCCGAAAUUUCAAAGCAAAUCACAAAGCUUAAGGCCGCUGUGUUCAGGUCAGUGAUGAUACGUGACUUGAUUUCUGGGUAUUUUCAUUUUUCAAACAGUGACCUCUCUCUGCCAUUUGGGGCCGCCAACAUGCAAACUUGACGAUUACAGCUUUAAGAAAAAGAGGACAUUAAACUUGUGGUACCUGUUACAUUUUUCUGAUGUGCCGUUAAUAUUUAAACUGAUAAUUAAAAAUAAAAGCAUAUCUUCCAGAGGACAGCACUACUAACCUUAACACUACCCAAUAACUUUCCAUUGUUACAGUUUAAAAAAACUUUAAGAUUCAUUGUCACAUACUUUGUUUUGUCUUUAUCUUUAGAAGGGAAUUAGCUUCAUCUGAAAACAAAGAACUCUUAAAAGAAAGUAUUAACCAUAUUAUUUUUCUAGAUAUCGUUUGAAUUAGCUAUUUGUUUUUGCUGUUCAGAGAGAUGUGCACAGCUGCUUGUUAAUUCAUCUUAAUGUUUUAUUUGGUGAAAUCUGUUUAAUUCACUGUCUGUUACCUCUUGUAACUUUGGGACGUAGGGGAACUGCAAUGUUGCGUGCAAAGCCUUCAUGUGUACCAUUUAUGAGGAAUGUAAAGAUUUCAAAGACUACUUUUCUUUCAAAUUUCAUCCAAUUUUUCCGUUUUUAUUUUUCAAAAAACAAAACAUGUCACACUAGUAUUGUGUGAACAGUUUGUCAUAUAUACACCCGCUUUUUCAACCCUAAAUAAAUAGUUUCCACAAAAUG